AUGAGCACGGCAGGGGAGUGCGAGGUGCUCAGUGAGCUGCAGCAGCAUGUGGGCGUGGGGGUGCUGAACCGGCCCAAGGCCCUUAACGCCCUCAACACCCGAAUGGUGGAGGCCAUGUUUGAGAUCUACUCCCGAUGGGACGCCGACCCCCAGGGGGCUGGCGACAAGGCGUUCUGUGCGGGCGGGGAUGUGAAGACUGUGGUUCAGCAGGGGCUGGCGGGGCAGGUGGAUGAGGCCCUCAGGUUCUUCCACUCGGAGUACCGCCUGAACUACCUUAUCAGCGAGUUGACCAAGCCGCACGUGGCGAUGAUUGAUGGGAUCACCAUGGGCGGCGGCGUGGGCGUGUCAGUGCAUGGCACCUUCCGUGUGGCCACAGAGAGGACUGUCUUCUCCAUGCCCGAGUGCGCCAUAGGGCUGUACCCGGACGUCGGUGGCUCCUACUUUCUACCUCGCCUGCGCGGCGGGCUAGGAAUGUACCUGGCCCUCACCGGCGCCCGGCUCCAGGGUGUGGAUGUGCGACAUGCGGGCAUUGCCACCCACUACAUCCCAUCCCAGCUCCUGCCUGAGCUGCACCAAUCCAUUGUGGGCCUCGGCCCCGCUGCCAGCGAUGCAGCUGCGCUGGGCGAGGUGCUGAGCUCCUUUGAGGCACGCGAGGCGCUGCCAGAGGGACAGCUGGCCGCCAUCAGGCAAGCCCGCCGCAUUUUGCCGCUUGGGACAGGCCCCAGCCAAUUGUCAGUCGCCGACAUCAACCUGUGCUUUGGCGGCAAGGCGAGCGUAGAAGAGAUUUACGAGGCUUGUGAACGCGCCGGGCAGUGGGGCAUCGACACCAUCGCCCAGAUGUCCAAAGGCUCGCCCAUGUCUCAGAAGCUCAGCUUUGAGCAGCUGCGGCGCGGCGCGGGCAUGGACCUGGCGGCCUGCCUGCAGAUGGAAAACAGGAUGGUGCACCGCUGCGUGGCCAACAUUGGGUCCGACUUUUACACAGGAGUGCAGGCAGCCUUGAUCACUCGCAGCGGCAACCCCAUCUGGGUGCCUUUCAGCCUCAAGGGCGUGCGAGCCGAAGAUGUGGAGUCUUUCUUCCAGCCGCUACCGCCCCACCAGGAGCUGCAGCUGCCGCAGCUGUCGGGGAGGGGCCAGCAGGCCAAGCUUUGA